UUACAUUUUUUUUUACUUCUACACUUUAGAAAUCUUCCAUGGUAGUUUUUUAGAUUUUACAUUGCAACACAGUUAGUUCGCCGACUCCAUGACGAGUGAGGGGUUUUUGUUGUCAAAUAUUUUAUUUAUCUAAAUAUACAAAUGUCGGUGGCCCAAUUUAUUAUUAAAAAACGCUUUCAAAUAAAGUUUAUUUCUUACUAAGCCGCGUGUGAUAUUUUCUGUUAAUUACAGACAUUUAUUUGUGAUUUUCAAUCUUGUUUUGAGGCUUCAUUGUUUGAAACAUAACUCGAUUCGGCAAGUAAAGGAGGUCUAGGUUCCAGCUUUCAAGUUUGUUCGCGUGAUGUCAUGACUACGGUGCUAAACGAUUAGACUGAUUACAUAAGAUUGCUGAUAACAAGACUGAGUGGUGACAUGAUGACAUAGGAACAAGAAUGUCGAAGGUGCUGAGCGCGCUCGGCGGCGCGCUGCCGGACGAGCGGCCGCUGCUGUCGCUGCAGAUCGUGGAGAGCGUGGCCAAGUGCCCCACCGGCUACUGGCCAGUCAGCAGGACCUACGACGAGGACGCCGACGCCGGCCUGCUGCGACAGAAUGGACUGUUCGGAAAGAAACCCAGCCACUACAUCUGUCUUUCAAAAUCUGAAGGUGUGCCCGGCUACGUGAUGGACGGCGUGGUGGUGGUGGGCGAGCGCGAGGCGGCGCCGCCGGGCUACAGCGUGGCGGGGCGCGCGGGCAAGCGGCGCCUGUGCACGCGCGUGUCGCGCCCCGCCGCCGCGCGCGCCUUCCCGCCCGUCACCGACGUCAUCGUCUGCUCCAAGAUGCGCCAGGCGCCGCAGGGGUUCAUGCUAGCCGGUGAAAUAAACGGCAAGAUGGUGUGCUACAAAGUGAGCGGCGGCAGCGCGGACACGUCGCCGACGCACAACGAGUAUGAGAACGUGCUCACAAACAUCACGCCUGAGGCCAACAGGAGGUUACGUAUCCCGGAGCGACCGCCUAAGCUUUCGCCGUUGGUGUCGGAGCUGAACAACUUGAACCUGAAGCAGUCGCCCACCGCGUACCCGAACAUCGAGGAGUUCACGACGGAGCACGACUACGAGGCGCUGAGCCCGUCCUACAACAUCAAGCCGACACGCCCCGCCCCGCGCCCCCCCGCCGCGCGCUCGCCCUGCGCCGCGCCCCCCGCGCCCUCGCCCGCGCCCCCCGCGCCCCUCGCGCCCGCCUCGCCCGCCGCGCCCGCGCGCAAGAAGGGCCCCGCGCCGCUGCCGCGCAACACCAUCUACCAGACGCUGGGCGGAUACAACGGCAUGGAGGGCGUACCCUUCCUGCUCAACCCCAAGCUCAGGGGACUGCCCGAUGACAGCUUGACACAAUUGCCGUCGAUCAAACGCCGCACGCGCUUCGAUCUCGACCGCGACUACACCUACAACUUCGGCGUCGAGCGGCAGACGUGAGAACAAACAAAACGCACCUUAUCUCCUUACACAUAAGGUAUAUUAUACAUCCUUUAUGUAGAUAAUAGUUGAUGUGACCUUGAGUUUAUGAUCGAUCGAUUGAAUUAUAUAGAUACGGAAUAUAACGAUGGUUGUACGUGUUUAAUGUCUAUAAAUGUUUCAAUAAAACUCCGAAUUUCAUAGAUAGAUGCUCAAUAACUUGGGUACGUAUACUACCCGCUAAUAGAUGUCUUAAACCUAAUAUAUAUGACUUUAUAUAGUUCUGAAUGUAUUGUCUAAUGGUGUUUGAGGAUCAGUGGACUUUCCACUGUUAUAUCGUUCGUAAUUAUGACAGUUCGAGCUUGUUCAGAGAUAUUCAAAUAAACCAUUUAAUGAUUUGUGUAAUAGAGAUAUGAUGGAUUUCAUCUUUGUAUGUGUUAUAACUUAUGACAUAAUUAAUAUGAAAUAGCUGCCAACUGAAUUGAAAUUUAUUUAACUACUCAAAGUUGCCAGUUUUGAAAAUAGAUAAACUUGCCAGUUGAAAUCACUUUAGUAGGAAUUCAAUGUUAUAAUGAUAUCAAAUUAUGUAACAAAUAUAAAUUGGUUGUGUUGACUUGAAGAUGUGUUUCGCACGCCGGCUCAGGUUAUACUGGCGGGAAGUCGUAGCAAUUGUUUACAUAUCCCUCUUUUUUAUGUAAUUGUAAUGUUGAAUGUUGAGACUAGAGUCAAUAGAUAAUAUAUGAUGCGGAUUAAAAAGAUAAUUUCUGUGGUUGUUAUAAGGGAUAUAUAAUUUGAACCUAUUUUAGUAGUAUUCACUAUGAUCACAUCUUCAGUUUAAAAGUUUUUGUUAGACUGUUAAUAAUCUCAAAUUUAAGCAAAGAUGAUAAGAUAAACAAAAGUUAUUUAGAGCUGCAAUUUAAAACCUAUUUACAAAUUGGAUAACAAUUUAAACAAGGAAUUAAGAUUACAUUUAUGUAAAGUAAAAAUCAAUCAUUAAUAUCUAUUGUCUCAAGUAUCAUAAGAAUUGACGUAGUGUGGUGACCCUGGGGCCUUGUUCGCGUGUCGGUGCAUAGUUAUACUAAGGAAGCUCUAGCACGAAAUGUAUCGGUUAUUAAUUUAAUGACUAUCAAUGCUUUAAUAUCACGAAAAUAUUGUUCCUUCAUUUAUCCAUUCUUUGUACUUACAAAGGUGACUAAAAAUAUAUGAGUGACGAAAUCUUUUAUGACGUUUAAGGCGCUGAUAAGUGAUAGAGACGAAUGGAGAUAUACAGACGGAUCGCGCUUUCUCCUUUGUGUGGUAUAAUGGACCAAAGAUACGUAUCGUGCUAGAGCCAGUAUUGUCUAUGUGGAAUCUCAUAGGUUAUUGAACCUAGAAGUUUGUGCUGAAACAGCGAAUUUGUUGGAGAUGUGUAUUUCCUUUUAGACGACUUAUUAUUGUAGGUAACCUUUUGUGUAAAAUUUAAUUAUAAUUAUAUUAAACGUAUUGAAUUAA